CAGCUCCGUUUCCCUCCCUCUCUGCAUCUGUUUUAGUGAAACCUAUUACAUGACAUUCCCAACGAGGCACAAUGCAACAGAUCUUUUAACUUAAUACAAGGUUUUCACAUGAAGACAUGGAGGUGGAUAAGAUGAGUUUCUCUCUGCAAGCUACUUACUUGGUCAGAAAGUAGGCCUACAGAGAGCGACGCGGAAAAUACUCGCUGGAGGGAUUGAGGAAGAAGGACAUCGGACUGGGCGUGCCGCUGCAAGUCCCGAGCUGAGAUUGCAUCUCACCCCACUCGCUCGUUCACCUAGGCAUGAUCAACAGAAGCCAUCCGGGCGAAUUGUCGAGUAAAUCAUUCACCGUCGUUUGUCAUUCACCCAAUAACUUCAUUGAGACGUAUAUCAAGAGACAGCUCUGUAAUUCCUUGAUAAAGGAUAUUCCUUCACUUAAUAGGCUAUUGUUUAAUUUUCAAUAGAUGGAUAAAAAAAAUGUUGGGGUUGUAGGAGGUUGUAGGAACCCAGUUAUGGAUUUUGGAGAAACGCUGGACACGCCUGCACCUUGUAUUUUGGACAAAGUUAAAGGUUACGGCAUAAUUUUUCUCCAAAAUGCACGAGUGAUUGUUUUUGGAUAAACGUACCGUCUGUUUCAAUUCACUGGAGUGUGUUUCUAACAAUUGUAUGAUUUCUUGGAUAUUUUGUCGAACGGAAAACAUCACGUUUCAAAAGAACGUCGUGCCAGGGACCAUUGGAUAAAUGUGAUCAGCAUGUUAGUCAAGGACAUUGUGCAUUGCAACAGAGGUGGGAAGAGGCAUUGCUACCCAGCACAGAGGAAACCGAAGAGAUGGACUAAAACCACCUUAUAGUAGUAGCCUUCCAGUAUUUCAAUUAUAGAUUUGUUAUUCCUGUGUGUUUUCCAGUAAGUGUUUGCUAUACCUGUGACCGUUGGCGGUACCUGAAGCUUGUCUCCUGGCUGGGUGUGCGUCUUUUCGCGCUCAGACAUUUCCCUGCGCUGCCCGACUGGCGCUGCUAUAGAGCAACCCCGCCGCCUCAGUUUCACCCUGGGCAAGAGCGGAUCCCUCUGUGUGAGGACAGAAGCGCAAAGUUGGACGCUGAUCGCCAGGCACCGUGCGUUCGACAGCGGGAUCUUUCGACUUGGAGGGACCGGAGAGAGGGCUCAAACCAAAAAGGCAGAUUGGCAGGUGGCCCGAGCUGAGCCAAUGAGAGGCGGCCAGGAGUCUUAACGGCGGGCAGACUUGAGUCCAGCCAACGUAGGCUGUCCACAUAGAGCAGAGUGGAGGCUACCCACACACACAUACACGGAUGAGAGCCCAGGCCGCCGGCUCGUGGACAACGCCAAGUGGUGGCUUCCCCUCCACGUCUUUAAGUCUACACGCGCUCCCCAUUCAACCUGACAAGAGCUUGAGAGGAGCUGCAGAGAAUAAUGUCAGAAACUCCCCAAACACAGGUGUGCCACGCUUGUAGCGUCAUACCCAAGAAGACGAGGCUGUAAUCGCUGCCAAAGGAGCCUAGCCAUGGAGCGCCUGCUCCUGUGCCUGGCCCUCCUCGCUGGGCCCGUCGCCACCAUGCUGUGCCCCAAGCGCUGCACCUGCCAGAACCUCAUGCCCUCCUACACUGUUCUCUGCGCCAAGACCGGCCUGCUCUUCGUGCCGCCAAACAUUGACCGGCAGACGGCCGAGCUGCGCCUCAUGGACAACUUCAUCACCACCCUUCGUCACCGUGACUUUGCCAACAUGAGCAGCCUCAUCCACCUGACACUGUCGCGCAAUACCAUUAGUCAGAUCAAGCCGUAUGCCUUCGCCGACCUGCAGGACCUGCACGCCCUCCACCUGGACGCCAACCGGCUCACCAUGCUUGACGACACCCACUUCCAGGGCCUGGUCAACCUCAGGCACAUGAUCCUGGCCAACAACCAGCUGCACAGCAUCUCAGAGGGGGCCUUCCAGGACUUCCUGGAGACCCUGGAAGACCUGGACCUGUCCUACAACAACCUGGUGAACAUCCCCUGGGAGACCAUCGGCCUGCUGGCCAGUGUCAACACCCUCAGUCUGGACCACAACCUCAUAGAGAUGGUCCCCGAGGGCAUCUUCUCCAACCUGCACAAGCUGGCGCGUCUAGACAUGACCUCCAACAAGCUGAAGAAGAUACCUCCAGAUCCCCUGUUCCUGAGGAUCCCAGUGUACGCUAAGCUGAAGGGUUCUCCACUCACAUCCCUGGUGCUGAGCUUCGGUGGGAACCCGCUGCACUGUAACUGCGAGCUAGUGUGGCUGAGGAGGCUGACCAGGGAAGACGACCUGGAGACCUGCGCCUCCCCCCGAGAGCUCGCCGGCAAGUAUUUCUGGACCAUCCGCGAGGAGGAGUUUGUGUGCGAGCCACCCAUGAUCACGCGGCACACCUCCAAGAUGUUUGUGAUGGAGGGUCAGGAGGUGAGCCUGCGUUGUAAGUCAGUGGGCGACCCGGAACCUUCCACGCAUUGGGUCAGCCCUGAGGGGAAGCUGAUUGGGAACACGUCCCGCACCAUCUGCUAUGAGAAUGGCUCGUUGGACAUCCUCACCACCACUGUGAAGGACUCUGGGAAGUUCACAUGCAUCGCAUCCAACGCCGCCGGCGAGGCUACGGCGCCCGUGGAGCUGGUGGUUAACCCCUCGCCACACUUUGACCACAAGCUGGAGCCCGAGCCUGGCCCCUCGGACAUCCCCACCUCCAUCAAGUCCAACGCCAGCGGGGGCCACGCCCGCACUGACCAUCAGAGGGUCAGUGUGUCGGAGCUGAGCUCGACCUCGGCCACCAUCCGCUGGCCCCCUCAGGACCACAUCCCGGGGGUCCGCAUGUACCAGAUCCAGUACAACAGCUCCUCCGACGACAUCCUCAUAUACAGGAUGAUCCCUGCAUCUCAUAAGUUCUUCGUACUCAGUGACUUGGCCACUCAACGGGAUUAUGACCUGUGUGUGCUGGCGGUGUACGACGAUGGCGUCACGGCCCUAACCGGCACCCGCCUGGUGGGCUGCGUGGCUUUCACCACAGAGCGAGAGUACCGCCAGUGCCGCUCCCUCCACGACCAAUUCCUGGGCGGCACCAUGAUCAUCGUGAUCGGCGGUAUCAUCGUGGCGUCCGUGCUUGUCUUCAUCUUCAUUCUCCUCAUGAAAUACAAGCUGCACAGCAACCAUUACAAGCAGAAGGCGGCACAUGUCAGCAACGUGUGCUCUCAGACCAACGGAGGCCAGGUGGCGGGCGGGGGAGGCACUCCCAUCCCCCCUUCCUCCUCAGGCUCGGCUAAUAAGCCCAUGCCUCCUGGCCCAGUGGACAGGGUAGGGCACGAGGGACCCCAUCAGGCCUCGGAAGGGAGCUUCGGAGGGCCCUUGAAAGGGACCACUGUAGUGGACUUGAACCCAGACUACGGGAAGUCAGUGAAGGACGAGGAUGCUAUAUCACAAUAACACAGGAUCUGGGACUUCCCCACCCCGCCCCCUUUUUAUUUCCUGGUGCUGGGGUCCCUCUGCCUUACCAAGGAUUAUCUCGUGUCCAAGAUUCGCACAUCACCCAUGCUCAUCUUCUGAGGUGGAGGGGUGGAGAAUGGAAAGGUGAAGUCCCCCUGGUUCAAGGAAGUUGGAAAAACAAACUCACAAAAGAAUACAUAUGAAGCAAAGAACAGCAUUAGGAGUAGAGAUGGGUGGAUGCCAUGGAAUCGCUGUGUUCCGUCACUUAUGCAAUUCUACCUGGAACUGGGAUGUAAUCCAGCCCUGUGGAGUGGAGGGAAAUGUAUUCCAAAACCUGGGGCUUCUUUCACUGUGUGAGGAAUGAGUUGACAACCCAGACGCCUCAAAUUCCUUUCGGAAUACUUUUUGGGAUUCUCAUUGGAAUUGCCUAUUACAGAGGAACACCCUUGGAUGGUUUCGAUGAAAUGUUGUGGGUUUCGUAAUAAAGCUCCACUCUCCCUUAACGAUCGGUCACAUGCCAAAGGAAUACAAUAAGAGAAGGCGAUACAGCGUUUUGUUUUCCUCCCCGAGGGCCUUGGAAGUGUUAGCACACAUCGAUGUCACGUCGAUGCACCAAUAUCAAACGGUUGUUCGGUGAUCUCUAGGGCGCUUUAUAAUCUUUAUAAUCCUCUCUCGCUCUCUUUCUCCCUCUCUUUCUCUCUCUCUCUCUCUCUCUACCACUCUCUCUCCCGCCGUCUAUAUGGACAACUGAAUAGUAUACUCAACAAUUAUGAGAUCAAAUGCAUCCAUUUUGGAUGACGGUGGAAAAAUAUAUAACUAUGAACAUGGGCUCUCAAGAUGAGGUCAAAAGAAGCACCUGGUUUGGUUUGAUUACAUGAAGCUACAGCACAAGCAAUGCAUUGUGGUUUGAUGGUGAAAUGGUGAGUUAGGUUUCAUUCUGACACAAACUUUACAGAGGAAACUGACCCUAUUGUAUACCACUUGCCGAUGGAACACGGAUCAAAUACUCGUUUUCCCCUUACUGUUGACUGUGUAUGUAUUUGUAUGUGAGAUACACCUUCAAUCUUCUCUGAUUUGAUACCCAUAUUUCCUUUGAAUUAUGAAGCAACAAUAAGAAAAAAACGUGAGAUGGAAUUUUAUGCUUUCAUAGGUAAAAUAUGUGGAUUUAUAAAGAAAUAAAAUUAUUUUUCUUGAA